AUGUAUUUGACGUCAAAAGUUGUUAUUGAGAAAGAAAAAAUUAAAAAACCAAGAGGUUUACAAAAUACACUUCAUGAUGAUUAUGUUAAAUGUAAAGAAGAGUGCAGAAAGAUUGAAGAAAGAGAAAUAACUGAAAAGUAUAUCCAAUACUUAAAAACUGAGUUAGAAGCUGCUGAAUUAGUAGUUGCACAGGAAAGUGCUGCCUUACAAGCUACAUCUAUUGUUUCAUCUAAUAAUCAAAAUGAAAACAAAUUAGAUCAAGUACCUAGUGAAGAUUCUAUAUUAAAAUCAGAAAAAGAAACAUUUGUACAGGAGGAAAAUUUAAUCGUUUAA